UGCAGCGCAGCCUGGUCAGGGAGUGCCCUGGGAGAGCUGGCAGGAGCUGGAGACCGAUCCGCCCCCAGCGUGCGCGCGUCUCGGCGCCAGGAGCCGUCCCGGGGCGUGUUGGCGAGCGCUGAUAUAGAUAUAAGGACAUUUCUCUCCAUGGCGUCACGUGACAUAAUUACCACCAGAAUCAAUCAAGAUGAAUUGCACGUCAGCGCCCGGUGGGGAUUUUUGCUUAGUUGAUCCUGGCCCAAGCCUCUUGUGCAAUCGAUGGCUCAGGUUGGAGGCGCGGGGAGCGGCCCGAGGCUUGCCGGCGUGCACGCCGCGCAGCCAUGAACGACUUUGACGAGUGCGGCCCGAGCGCAGCCAGCAUGUACCUGCCGGGCUGCGCCUACUACGUGGCCCCGUCGGACUUCGCCAGCAAGCCGUCGUUCCUCUCGCAGCCGUCCUCCUGCCAGAUGACUUUCCCCUACUCGUCCAACCUGGCGCCGCACGUCCAGCCCGUGCGGGAGGUGGCCUUUCGCGACUACGGCCUGGAGCGCGCCAAGUGGCCGUACCGUGGCGGCGGCGGCGGCGGCGCGGGGGGCGGCGGCGGGGGCGGCCCCGGCGGGGGUGGCGGCGGCUCCGGGGGCUACGCUCCCUACUACGCCGCGGCGGCGGCGGCGGCGGCGGCGGCGGCAGCGGCGGAGGAAGCGGCCAUGCAGCGGGAUCUGCUCCCGCCGGGCGGCCGCCGGCCAGACGUGCUCUUCAAGGCUCCGGAGCCGGUGUGUGGCGCUCCCGGGCCGCCGCACGGUCCCGCGGCCGCCGCCUCCAACUUCUACAGCGCCGUGGGUCGCAACGGCAUCCUGCCCCAGGGCUUUGAUCAGUUCUACGAGGCGGCGCCGGGACCCCCCUUCGCCGGCCCGCAGCCCCAGCCCGCGCCCGCGCCGCCGCAGCCCGAGGGCGCCGCUGACAAGGGCGACCCCAAGGCCGGGGCUGGUGGCGGCGGGGGCAGUCCCUGCGCCAAGGCGACUCCCGGCCCGGAGCCCAAGGGGGCGGCGGAAGGCGGCGGUGGCGAAGUCGAGGGCCCCCCGGGGGAGGCGGGGGCCGAGAAGAGCGGAGGCACAGGUAGGCGCCCGGCGCGGGCCUAG